AAUCCAUAAAUCUAUCAUCUCAAAUCAUAAAAUACUUUUUCCUCUCCUCUGUCCUCUGACACUCCUCUCACUCUCUCUGAUUGUCCUCACCUUGAAGGUAACCUGACCGACAGUAGCCAUGUCUGAAGGACCGAAAAAGCCAAAGUAUUCGGCAACACGCCGACUGCUCCUAAAGACCAAACUGCUGAAAAAGGCAGGGAUAAUGCUGGUGGCUGAGUUUGCUGACAAGAAACGUGAAAGAGAGAGUGCUCUGAAUGAGAGAGCCCCACCCCUCAAACUGUCUGGCCUGUCUGUGCAGGAGCUACAGGACCUUUGUAAAGACCUACACAAAAAGAUUGAUAUCGUAGAUGAGGCACGAUAUGACAUGGAAAUCAAAGUGGGGAAAAAUGAUUUAGAGAUUAAGUCGCUGACCCAGAAGGUCGAUGAGAUUAAGGGGUCGAAGAAGCCUACUCUGAAGAGGGUGAAAAAGUCUGCCGCCGACGCCUUGUCGGGAGCCGUGGCCGACACUGGCAAAAUGAAGGCUGACUUCACAUCCGGCCUCAAGAAAGUCAAGAAGGAAGAGGAGAAGAAAGAAGAGGUGACUGACUGGCGUAAAAAUGUGGAUGCCAUGUCUGGCAUGGAGGGCAGAAAGAAGCUGUUUGAUGCUGGAAAAUAAUCAGGGUCAUGUUGUACCACCAUUAAGAGAGAAGUAUGCCAAGACUGUAAGAACCCACAAAGAAGAGAGAGAGGAGGUCAGUUCUAGAUGAGAUGUGAAUUUCAUGUUGUGAUAUGAAAUGAAUUUUAUAAAGAAUCAUGUCAACCAUGUCAAUUUUACGUGUGUGUCCCCUGUUUAAUGUGAUAUGAGAGUUUGCUAGUUCACAGGGAAUAUUGUUGAUAUUAUAUAUUGUAGAUAUGUUAUAGAUAGUUGUGUUAUAAAUUAUGUGUUGAUAUAAUCAGUUAUUUAUGAUGUAUUGGUAGUAUCCCUUAUGUAAAAAACACAUGAUUUCAAGUGGAAAAUCACAUGAUUUCACAUGUGAAAUUUCCACGUUUUGCAGAUGUAAAAGUGGUAUGAACUAUGUGGUUUUCGAACACUUCACAUAUGAGGAUAUUUCACAUUCAAUUUCACAUGGAUUUUCACGUGAUCACAUGAUCUUUCACAUGUGAACCAAUGUGGUUUUGGAACACUUCACAUGUGAUUAUAUUUCACAUGAAGUUUCACAUGUGGAUUCAAAUGUUCACUUGUGUAUAUUUUUCACCUGAGAUUUCACAGGUGAUGAUGCCCUGCAUACAAUAAUUUGUCACAAAAUAGUUGCAGUGUUUUCAACUUACAUAUUUGACACACAUGAUUAUAUUGUGCAUGUUUAUUUCAGUGGAGGUGAGGACGGCUCAUAAUAACAGCUAGAACCAUGGAAACCAUGUGUUUGAUGUUGUUGAUACCUUUCCACCUAUUCUGCUCCAGCCAUUAACACGUGCCCAUCCUCCCCAAGUAUGGUACCACCAACUUCCUGUAUGUUUAUUUAUACAGUAGUUAUUAUUCAACACAACCUUCCUGCCAUGCCACUAUGUCUGUGUCAAUGACUGAUUUCACCUGUAUUCCUACACGCUGGACUUUAAGUUAAUCUUAGCUUUGAAUAAUACACUCAAGAAAAUCUAUUAUAUUUAUCAUAGUGAUUCACCAACAUCAGACAACUAUACAGAAAACCCUCAAGUUGCUGAAAUAAGUCAACUAAAUCAAUGAUGAGAGAAUAGUCAGAUUAAAUGAUAACUAAAAUCUUAGUUAUGCAGGGAUGUAUUACAGGAAAUGAAUGUGUAGGGGGGUUUCUGAGAAUGGUACAGACUUUGUGGUGCAGCAGAAGGAUCAGCGUAGCCCAAUUCCCAGUUGGGGUCAUAUUGAAAAGUCUACUAAGUGAUCAUGUAAAAUGUAAUAAUUUUUCUAUUGGUGAAAGAUUUUUGCACUAUUUCAGCUGAGCAGCGUACCAUUUACCUUAACCCCCACUACCAUUUCAUUACUUCCCUAACAAACAAAACAUGUGAAAGGUGCAGUUUCACAUGUGAAACCAUGUAUGUUACAUUUAGAGUUCAUAAUUUAACACCUACUUUUCACAUGUGACGAGAAUAACAUUUUGUGAAAUUUGCAGAUUCACAUGUGAAAUUUGCAGUUCCACAUAUGAAAAACUUUCACAUGUGAAAAUUAAAUUCAGCAUUUUAAUGUGAAAAACUUUCACAUGUGGAAUUGCAUUUUCAAUGUGAAAAUCGAAUUUGUCACGGUCUUCAUCGUUGACUUCUAUUUUAGGAUAAUAUGAUGAUUUCACUUGCCCGAGGUCAUUCAUUAUCCACCUACAAAACAUUCUCAGUCCACUCCUUAUACGUGUAUGUGGAAUAAGUACAAACUAAGUGUACGGUCAUGUGGUUCACUAGCCUGUUCCGGUUCUGUAUAGCAGAAUGUAUAGCCAACCCUUCUAUUGUUGUCAUGACAUAUGAGGCAAGCUGCAUUGCAUUAAACCUAUAUCUUACUUUACAUUAGUCUUUCCCAUCCCUGGGCCCCCAGUACCCCCAACAGUACACAUGUUUAUUGGGACCCUGGACUAGCACCCCUGAUUCAACGGAUCCUCAAUGAGUUGAAUGAGUUGAAUGAGGUGUGCUUAUCCAGGGUCCCAACAACAAUGUGUUGGGGGUACUGGAGGUCCUGCAUAUGUGAAAUUGCAAGUUCACAUGUAAGAAAUAUUCACAUGUGAACAUUGAAUUUGCAGUUUUACAUGUGAAAAACGUUCAAAUGUUAUCACAGGUGUAGUGUCAUGGCAUCACAUGUUGAAAUUUGCAUCCUCAUGUUGUCACAUUUAUUUAACUUGAGAUCAUGUUUUCACAUGUGAAAUUCAUGUGUUUUUCCGUAAGGGAUUGUAGUUCUGUAGGUGGAUGGAUAACUGUCAAUAUCAUCUGAAUAGAUAUUUCAGGUCAGAGCCAGGAAUGUGAUGAUAUUAACAGUAUCUGUACAGUAUCUGAAAAGUUGUAUAUUUUCAGUUGAUUUAGCAAAAUAAAAAAAGACGAUCGCUACUGAGAGAGUGAAGCCAGGUUAUUUUGAUGUACAGACUUGGUGUAGCCGACACACAUUUCAUUUGACUGAAUAUACAGACUUGCUGUAGGCUACAUUACAUUUGACUGAAUGUACAGACUUGGUGUAGCCUACAUACAUUUAAUUUGACUGAAUAUACAGACUUGCUAUAGGCUACAUUACAUUUGACUGAAUGUACAGACUUGCUGGUGGCUACAUUAAAUUUGACUGAAUAUACAGACUUGGUGUACACACUGCUACAUUUGACUGAAUGGUUUAAAAGUGAUUUAUUUAUUUGAUAUGAAUGUAAAUGCCACUCCACUAUUUAAUAAAUAGAGCUUGAUAGUU